AUGCAGAACGGAGAGGGCGCGCCGACAGCCGCGGAAAACACCAAGAAAGCGGUGCCCGAGGAAGUGACGAAACAAUCAUUCAGGCUGAAAGUAUGGCGCCAUUUGGAGACGAAUGGGUUGGCGAUGUUUCCACGCCCGGUCUACAACAGGAUCCCAAACUUCAAAGGUGCCACCGAAGCCGCCGCUAAGCUGGCAGAGCUGGACAUCUUCAAGGCUGCGAACACUAUCAAAGUGAACCCUGAUAAACCACAAGAGCCUGUCAG